AGGAUGGAGAGCCCGGAGGGCAAAUCCCCCCGGCAGACCCUGGUGGGAGAGGCCAUUUUGAAGGGCUCCACGGUGCAGGAAGGCAGCGGGGAGGAAAAGGGCCGGAGAUCCCCCCACAGGAGGGGCUCCAAAGCCAGCCCAGGGUGCUCUGAGGAGGAAAGACCCAGCCUGUGCUGGGAAGGUGGCCGGAGCUUGAGCGGGAGCUCUGACCUGGUGGUCCCUGAGCAGCCUCCCAGCAGGCAGAAGCCCUUCAGGUGCUUGGAAUGUGGGAAGAGCUUCAGGACAAGCUCCCACCUGAUCCGACACCAGCACAUACACACCGGAGAAUGGCCCUACACUGGAGAACAGCUCUACAUAUGUGGGGAAUGUGGCAAGAGCUUCAACCAAAACUCUAAGCUGAUCCGACACCAGGCCAUCCACACUGGGGAACGUCCCUACCCAUGUGGGGAAUGUGGGAAGAGCUUCAGGGACAGCUCCGCCCUCCGCAAACACCAGUACAUACACACUGGGGAGCGUCCCUACACGUGUGGGGAAUGUGGGAAGGGCUUCAACAAAAGCUCCAAGCUGAUCCAACACCAGGCCAUCCACACUGGGGAACGUCGCUACACGUGUGGGGAAUGUGGGAAGAGUUUCAGUGACAGCUCCACCCUCCACACCCACCACUCCCACCUCCUUAUCCACCAGCGUAUCCACACUGGGGAACGGCCCUACAAGUGCAUGGAAUGUGGGAAGAGGUUUCAGACCAGCGCACAUCUCCUCCUGCAUGAGCGGACGCACACGGAUGAGAGGCCCUUCCGCUGCACCGACUGUGGGAAGGUCUUCAAGCACAACUCCACCCUCGUCUGGCCCCGGCGCAUCCACACCGGGGAGAGGCCCUACAAGUGUGGGGAGUGUGGGCAGAGCUUCACCUGCAGCUCUUACUUGACCUCACACCAACAGACCCACAAGUAAGGGAAGCCCUACGAGUGCCCCAACUGCGGAAGAGCCUCGGCUGCUGCUUCCACCCCGAAUGAAGCCCCUGAUGGUGAGGCAACCCCUGGAGUCCAGUGACUGUCAGUCCAUCCCUUUCGACCACAA